AAAGUGCUGACUUCCGUGCUGAAUACAAUGUAGCUUAUGACAUCCAAGCUCUUCUGGACCAAAGUGGCAUGCCCUAUGAAAUUCUAAUUGAUGAUCUGCAGGUGGCCAUGGAAAAGCAGCUCAGUAGCAACAUCCGUUCUGCCCAUAGCUACGAGAAGUACAAUGAUCUUGAGACGAUUUAUGCCUGGUCUGCUAAUAUUGCCGCUCAGAACCCGGACCUCGUCUCUCGCUCACAGAUCGGAACGUCAUAUGAAGGUCGUCCUAUUUACUUGCUUAAGGUUGGAAAGGCUGGGGCUAACAAACAUGCUAUAUUUAUUGAUUGUGGAUUCCAUGCAAGAGAAUGGGUCUCGCCUGCAUUCUGCCAGUGGUUUGUGAAUGAGGCUAUUAAUUCUUAUGGCUCCGAUGCUCAAUUUACCAAUCUCCUCAACAAACUGGAUUUCUAUAUUCUACCAGUCCUAAAUGUUGAUGGCUACGUGUACACCUGGACUACCGACCGUAUGUGGAGAAAGACCCGUUCUCCUAAUAAGAAUUCCAAAUGCACUGGCACUGAUCCCAACAGAAAUUUUGAUGCAGGAUGGUGCACUGCUGGAGCAACGUCAAGUCCUUGCAGUGAGAUUUAUUGUGGCAACGUUCCUGAGUCAGAGAGUGAGACUAAAGCGUUGGGUGAUUUCAUCCGCAGUAACCUCUCUUCCAUCAAAGCCUACCUGACCAUUCACUCCUAUUCCCAGAUGUUGCUUUUCCCCUACUCCUACAAGCAUGCUCUAGCAAAGGAUCAUGAUGAGCUGUACUCACUCUCAGAAGGAGCGGUUAAUGCACUGUCUUCUUUGUAUGGAACCAUUUACACUUAUGGACCAGGGGGGAAAACCAUCUACCUUGCAUCUGGAGGCUCCGAUGACUGGGCUUAUGAUAUGGGUAUUAAAUACUCCUUUACAUUUGAGCUACGUGAUACUGGAAAAUAUGGCUUUGUACUGCCUGAGUCUGAGAUUAAGGAAACAUGUGAAGAAACUACAUUGGCCGUCAAAUACAUUGCCAAUCAUGUCCUGAAUAAUGCUUAA